AUGUAUAAAAAUGAUAUUGAAGAACGUUUAAUUAAUAUUGAAAAUGAACAGCAAAGAUCAUUAAUUGAUCAACAAAGAAUUUAUACAUUAGAACAUUUAAAUCGUCAAUUAAAAAAUGAUUUGAAUGCAUCGAAAUUAAUUAAUGAAAGUUUAAAAAGAAGAUUAAAUUGCACUUGUCAAAUAAAUAAUAAAAAUGAAUAUCUACGUUCAUAUCUUUCAACACAAAAAUCAUGGCCAUUUCCUUAUUGUCCUCCAUGGAUUCCUGCAAAACUUUCAAGUAUUCAUGAAGAGAAACCAUUAAAAAUUUCAAGUCCUUCAAGUGUGUCAAUGUAA